CCCACCAUCUCUAGAGACCAUACCCCACACUUCUUUUGAUCUCUCCAAUGGCUGCUUCACUCCCUCACCAGUUCUGCUCCGAUUACGCUUUCUUGCCCGCUGAAUUUUGCAGUGGGGAAGCCUUAAACAUGUACAACAUUAAUAAUGCAGCGUCAAACAUGGUGCCGCUGAUGAACUACGACGUGAAUUCACCUGUUUCAGUCACAUCUUUCCCUGAGCAGUUUGGAGUUUCAGACUGCAAUAUGGCUGUUCCUCAGUUUCCUGAAAUCGAUGCGGGCUUUCCUGAUUUUGCUGCCUCAGACUACCAGCAUCAGGUGUUCGAGCCCGGAGAAGAUCAGUGCAGCAGAUUGGUGCCGAAUUUCUGGCCGGCUUACCCCCUCCCUGCUGAAAAUUGGGGAAUACAAGGGAGAGCAGUAACAAAAGUUGAAGAGACGGAGGUUAAGGUUGGAAGGUACUCUGUUGAAGAAAGGAAGGACAGAAUUCUCAGAUACCUAAAGAAAAGAAACCAAAGGAACUUUACUAAGACCAUCAAGUAUGCCUGUCGCAAAACCCUAGCCGACAAGCGUGUGAGGAUUCGUGGGAGGUUUGCCAAGAACAAUGAACCCUCUGAAGAUGAAAUAGCGAUGAUGAACGCAAGUCAUGAUCAUACUAAUUACGAACAAAACAGUUUAGUUUACGACCAGAUGAAAUAUGAUGACGAUGAUUGGUUGCAAGCAGCCAUGGCUAAUCUUGUGCACUUGCCAUACUUCACUAGCUAACACAUUGUAAGCUGCGGAAAAAUCCGGUUUAGCAACCUUAUUAGGAACUUCUAAGGCAGCCUGCUCUUGUACAAAUUUCAGUUCAGCCUGUUGGCAAUCCAACUGUUUA